UAUAUUCAGUUUAAUUCCAGUCUCUGUGUAGAGAGGUGUGUUUCUUUGCCAGUGUUUCGUUAAACUUUCCUCGCGAUCUAUAAAUCGCGAACUUUUGGAACGACAAGAUUUGUGAAGUUAUUUGAUGUUGUUGUGGUUUUAUGUUAUUAAAUUAAUAAUAACAAUUAUCUAUUAGUAAUAAUAACUAUUCGACACUGAGGUUUUUGGUCAAAACUUUAAUAAUUAAUUAUUAAUUAAUAAAUUAAUAAAUAGUAUUAAUUAAUACGUUUAAAAACUUUUUAUUAACUUUUAUUAACUUUGUUCGUUUGUUUAAGUACAUUUUAUAAGAUAUUUUAUAUUAUUGAUUACAAUAUAAAUUCGCAGUUUGCCUCAAAAAUUUCCCUACGAUUUUAAUUAAUAGUCUGAGAGCAAUACUUGAAAAAUGCAGUGACUUGUGUACAUUUAAAUUUUUUUGGGUGAAAAUCUAAAAAAAUAAAGUGGAGCAUAGUGGUGUGAUGGUGUAGAAUGUGGUGCCGUGCGCUGGUGUUGGCGCUGCUGGUGGCAGCGGUCGCUGGCAAAGGGAAGAAGCAUCGGCAUCAGAAACCAGGUCGCGCUGUCCUGGACCGCUUGAGCAGCACAACGUUGAGCGAGGUGGCAGCGGCAAGCGGUGGCGCGGGCGGCGCGAGCGGGUUGCUGCCCGCGCCGCUCGACGUGGCCGCCUUCUGCACGGUCAGCGCCAACGCCACCUGCGGGCUGCUCGGCUCGGAGGAGUUCUGCAGGGAAAUGCCGGGGAAACGCGGAGUGGUGUGUGACGUUUGCGAAGGUCCAGAGAGCUCCUCCUCCAGACAGCAUCCAGCGGCAAGGGCUGCAGACGGCGACCCUGCCACCUGGUGGCAGAGCCCCGUCCUCACUGAAGGGGGCGACCAGCAUGUUGUCUUAGUGGCCACUUUACCUGGGAAAAUGGAGCUCCUCCAUGUGACCAUCAAGUCCGGCCCAUCACCACGACCACUGGCGUGGUCACUCGAGGUGUCGUCAACAGAGAACGGUGAUGACUGGCGCAUGGUACGCGCGUUUGGUGAUCGCGACCACUGCCGGAAGCUCUGGGACCUCAGGCCUGAGAGGCGGCGACGGAAAGUGAGGGCAGUGAAGAGAACCAGUAGAGCGGAGAAACCCUCGUGUUCGACCCAGUUCACAAGUCCACGGCCUUUGGAAAAUGGGGAGAUGCAUGUAAGCAUAGCUGACGGUGUGCCAGCGAGGAGAGUCAGGGUCUCCUUCCGGGCCGCGCACCCCUCCACCAGGCACCAGUACUACACUGUCCGGGACCUGACCCUGGCCGCCAGGUGCAUCUGUCAUGGACAUGCGGACCACUGCUCUGUGGACCAUAAGGGCGCGAAAUGUUCGUGCAUACACGGCACCUGCGGAGCGCACUGUCAGCGCUGCUGCGGCGCCGGCGCCUGGCGCGCGCACCGCGCGUGCGUCGAGCGCGCUGACGAGUGCUCGUGCGGCGAGCGUGGCGCCUGCUCCUACGACGACACCGGCGCCAUACUGUGCGUCAACUGCACUGAGAACCGAGCGGGUCCGCUGUGCGACCGCUGUCUUAUCGGCUACUACAACGUGCUGGCCGACGACCCGUGCGCGCCCUGCGACUGCGACCCGGAGGGCUCCGAUGGUUCAUGUAAAUGGGACAGAAAGCACCACCAAGUCCAAUGCGCCUGUAGCGCGGGGUUCACUGGCGCGCUGUGCGACAGAUGUGAAGGAGAGAACACGGUGUUCCCCAACUGUCUCGUGGAGGUCACCACCGCGGCGUGUAAAUGCGACACGAGGGGUAUCGUGGACUCGUCCAGAGCUUGCGAUGAUGUCUGCGAGUGUAAGGUGAAUGUGAUAGGCGAGCGGUGCGACACGUGCGCGCCGGGCUACUUCGGCCUCAGCUCGGAGCUGCACGACGGCUGUCGGCCGUGCUACUGCUCUCACGUCGCUUCCCAUUGCAUAGCCAACCCUGAAGCCGGAGAUGAUGUAUCCAUGCCGCUGGGCGACGCGUGGCUCAUCACCGACAGCGGCGCCGCGGACACGGUGGAGCCUUCCGAGGACGAGCACGGGAAACCGUUCCUCAUCAGCUAUGAGGUGGAGGGCUGGGAGUACUUCUACUUCACGAGCGCGGCGUACAGCGGCGAGCGCACGGCGGCGUACGGCGGGCGGCUGGCGGCGCGCGUCACGUGGGCCAUCGCGCGCGGAGACUCGGGCGGCAGCGCCACUGUCAUGCCAGACUACGUGCUGCUUGCCAAUGAUGGUUCGAGACUUUCUUACGGUAACACCAGCUACGAGUCUCCCGGGCUGACUGAGUUGAUCGCGCCGCUGGAGGAAGGCGGCUGGUACUCCGGGUCAGAGCUCGUCUCCCGAGGGCAACUCCUGGAUGUUUUGAGCAACUUGAAGGCUAUCAUGAUUCGGGCGCAUUUCCAUUAUGAUCAGGAUGAGGUACGACUAGACAGCAUAGAACUAAAGGGGUCUCCGAGCAAUAUCCGGGAAAUAUGCACGUGCCCUGUGGGAUACGUAGGCGCCCAAUGCACGGCGUGCUCCUGGACGCACGUGCGGCUGUUGCGUGCUCCGGGCUCUGCACCAGCGUUUGAGUGCGUGCCGUGUGCGUGCAACAUGCACGCGGGAUGCGAGGCAGUCGAUGGACCGUGUGGGCCGUGCCAACACAACACUACAGGACCGCACUGCGAAAGAUGUCUGCCGGGACAUUAUGGAAAUCCAGUUCAGGGUGGUUGUAAGCCGUGCGCGUGUCCAUUGUACGAGUCGUCGAAUAACUUCAGCCCAAACUGCGCGCUCGCGUCGGCUGAAGGCGACGAGUUCGUCUGCACGCAGUGUCCGGACGGCUACACCGGGGACCGCUGCGAACUUUGUGACUCAGGCUACUGGGGUUCGCCCACCACGCCGGGAGGAUCGUGCCGACCGUGUGAGUGCGGUGGCGGGCCCUGCCAUGCCGACAGCGGGAACUGCCUUGUCUGCCCACCGCAUACUGAGGGGGAGCGGUGUGAUCAGUGUCAAGAAGGCUACUGGGCGGGAGGUGCGAACGGCUCGUGCGUGCAGUGCGCGUGCGCGCGCGGCGCUCUGUCGGCGGCGUGCGACGCGCGCUCGGGGCAGUGCGCGUGCGCGCUCGGCUGGACCGGCCGCGCCUGCGACACUUGCGCUAAGACAUUCGGUGGUAUAAAGGACGGGUGCCCACCAUGCUCGUGCGGCGAGGCGGCGGCGACGGCCGAGUGCGACGCCUCCACGGGGGACUGCGCGUGCAUGGCGGGCGCGGCUCCUCCGCGGUGCCUCGAUUGCCUCGACGGGUACUACGAGUUGACACGAGACGGCUGCUUGAGCUGCAACUGCUCUAGUGCGGGCGCGGAGGGCAACGCGUGCGACAUCCGCUCGGGGCAGUGCCGCUGUCGGCCGCACGUCACCGGCAGAGCCUGCGACACUUGUGAGGAAGGCUACUGGGGGCUGGAGCAGGGCGGCUGCCGGCGCUGCGAGUGCGGCGCGGGCGCGGCGGCGUGCGACCCCGUGAGCGGGCUGUGCGCGUGCGCGGCGGGCGUGGGCGGCGCGCGCUGCGACCGCUGCCUGCCCGGCUACUACGGGUUCGGGCCCGCGGGCUGCUUGCCGUGUCCCGUGUGCGCGGACGGGCGCGUGUGCUCGCCGGCGACGGGGCGCUGCGUGUGCCCGGCGCGCACGCGCGGGCCCGGCUGCCAGCACUGCGCGCGCGGCUACUGGGGGCGCGCCGCCGGCUGCCGCCCGUGCGCCUGCGGCCCGGGGGCCGUCACUGACAGUUGCGACGUGAUCUCGGGCCAGUGCGAGUGUCGCAGCGGCUGGACGGGGCGCGACUGCGCGCGGUGCGCCGCGGGGCACUUCGGGCCGCGCUGCCGGCCGUGCGGCUGCCACGGGCCCGGCACCAGGGGCUGCCAGCAGGACGCGUGCGACUGCGACCAGACCGGCCAGUGCCCUUGCAAGGAAAACGUAGUAGGCGAGAAAUGUGAUAAUUGCAUAGAUGGCACCUUCGGCCUGUCGGAGACCAACCCCGUAGGCUGCACAGCAUGCUUCUGCUUCGGUCGCAGCGCUAAGUGCACGCAGGCGGAAGUGACACGAGCAGCGCUGCAUGCUGCUACUCCUCUACAUCUCAAGCUUUUGAGGGGAGACAUUGUUAAUACUGCUACGAUGGACAUAGAUUCACCAUUCGCAGUCCGCACCAGCCUGCAAGAGGCCACCAUGCCGCUGCCCUGGCCGCCCGCGCCGGUGUACGCCGAGCUGAACGAGCUGUUCCUCGGAGACCACGUGCUGUCGUACGGAGGAGCGCUCCGGUUCCAAGUCGAGGAGGAGGGCGGGGAGGCGCUGCCGCAGCAUGUGUUGAUGAGGUUUCCGCUUGUCAGCAUUUAUGGGAAUAGCAUCAUAUUGGACUACUAUGAGCGCGUACCAGCUAUUAACGGUUCCCACGCAGUUUACCUCCACGAGUCGCUAUGGGAAGUCCGGCCGAGGGCAGGGGACCGCGGCCGCACGAGAGGGCCCGUGGUGGCGUCGAGAUCAGCUCUCAUGCUGGGCCUCACCGACAUACAGCGGCUGCUGGUGCGACUGAGCACCCGCGCACCCGUCGCUAUAGAGCCUUUGCAUGUGUUGUUGUUAAACGUGUCGCUAGAGACAGCAAUAGCCGGCCUCACUCGCGGAGCCCCGGCGCCGGGCGUGGAGCGCUGCCUGUGUCCCCGGGGCUACGACGCCGCCUCCUGCCACCGGCCCGCCGCCGGGUUCUGGAUGCCGCCCUCCCCCCCACAGCUGCACCACGUGGCUGGCACCAUUGUCAUCAACGUGGAAGGAACUGCGAGACCGUGCGAGUGCAACAACAGGGCUACUGAAUGUCAUCCGCGGACCGGGCACUGUUUGAAUUGCACCCACAACACGGCGGGUGCCAAGUGCGAGCGGUGCGCGGAGGGCUACCACGGCUCGCCCGAGCUCGGCUGUGAGCCGUGCCCGUGCCCCGCGCGCGACCGCCCGCGAGCUACCUCGUGCGCCGUGGCGCACGGCCGGAUCAGGUGCUACUGCCAGACUGGCUAUACGGGCCCGAAGUGCGAGUCGUGCGCCAGCGGCUACCGGGCGCGCGGCGACGAGUGCGUGCCGUGCGCCUGCGACGCGCGCGGCGCCGCGUCCCCGCGCUGCGACGCGCACGCCCGCUGCCGCUGCCGCGCGCACGCCGCCGGCGACCAGUGCCAGCUGUGCGCCGCGCCGCGACACUACCUCACCGACGACGGAUGUAGACCUUGCGACAACUGCACACAAACACUGUUAGACACAGUCGAAGGCCUCAUGAGAGACCUGCACUUACAAGUGGAUCCAAGAGAACUGAACAGAAUACCUCAACCCUUCCCCGCAUUACGUGAAUUCGCUCAUAAUGCAUCCGUACUACAAAUCUCACUUCAACAUGUUAAAGGAAACUUGGAGAAAUCAAAACAUUUAGAAACUUCUAUAGCUAAUUUAGAAUCGACAGAGCAUGAUCUAUUUACGACAGCAAACAGAGUAAAAACUGAUGCUUCUAGAAGAGAACAAGAGGCUCAUUCUCUAAGUUUAGAAAGUAUGAGUGGUUUGGAAGAGGUGUUAAAGCAAAGAGGUAUAAUUGGAGAACAAGUUGCAGGAUUAGAUGAUUUCGCUAGAGGAGAAAAACAUUUAAGCGCACACAGAGCUUUGAAAGAAGCACGCAGAUUAUUGAAGUCCAUUAAAGAAUUGAAUUUGAUUGGCGCUAUUGCUGGAGCCACAGAUGUAUCCGAUUUGGCUAAUAUGCAAUCGACGUCAAUUCAAGAAUUCAAUUACCGUAUAGAUGACGAGUUGAAAAGGAUUCGCCAACUACAAAACAAUCUUGAAGAGUGGGAGAGGAAGGCAGAAGAUGUCCCACAACUCGCUGAGACUGUGUGGAAUUCGGGAGACAUAGUUGUUGAAUUAAAAAGACGAGUUGUACCAAAAUUGACUGCUGUUAAAGAUGUAGCACUGAGAUGUCGACUAGUUUUAGAGGACAUCACCAAGCUGUCUAUUCGUAAUCUUACCGACGAAAUACGAGCAGGACUUCUGCAUACCCACAACUUGGCCGUCGGAUUCCCAGCAAUUCUUACUGACCUCCAGAAUCUGACAGCAGCUGCUGAAGAGAAAGAGGGGAUAUUAUACAAUCUUACACCUAAAUACAAGGAGAAAUACUUGGAUACAGUCGUAGCCCAUGUAGCAAUGCUGGGGGAAAAGGCCAAAGAGUACAAAAAUCUGUUUGCUGGAACACGCACCGUUGCUUCUGCUGGCGUGCAAGCGGCUAGAGCGUGGGCUGAAGUGGCUGAAAGAGUUCGGGAUGCUUCUGCAGCCGCUGAUGCCGCUACUAUCGCCGCCGAUAUGGCUUCUAAGCUUGCUAGAGGACCACAGCCAUUGCUAGCUACAGCUGAUGAAGAAAAGUCAACCUCGGAUAUAUUGAAAACGCGAGGAACGAAAGUUUUGUCAAAGGCUGACGAACUUCGCCGUGAGCUGGAAACGGCACAGCGCGGCACCGACGCAGUCAGCGUUGGUCUCCGAGGGUUGGGAUGGCGUGAAAGAGCGCUCGCGAGCGGCGCGGAGAGCGGUGCGGCGAGCGGCGCGGGGAACAACGCCGUGCCGACGUUACGAGUCGCGAGCACGCAAGCCGAACGAGUGUUCGCGAGCACUCGUGCGUUAUACGACGAAGCGGCCGAGACCAGGAGGAAAGUGCGGUACCAGUUGAGACGGAACCUUGCUGCUUUGCAGAGGUUGGGAGACACUGCGUUGGGAGCUGCUGAGGAACACGUUUCGCAGAUCCGCGGCAACACACUGCGCGGGCGGGAGGUGGCCGAAGCGCUGGCGGCGGCUGCGGCGGCGCGGGCGAGGGAACACGAAAGCGCUGCAGCUUCACUGAAUCCAGCUUUUCUAGCGCUGAGAGAGCAAAUACAACGAGCGAAACACGCAGCUUCUUCGAUAUCAGUGUCAGUGACAUCCCCCGGAGCCGCUGGUGCCGGCUGUGCGCGCGCCUACUCCGCAUGGACCGGCCCGGCCGCUACCAGAGCUACCCUGGCCUUGAGCUUCGAGGCUGUCGUACGAGAUGGCACACUGCUAUACCUACCUGACCAGGAGGACACGGGCCGCUACAUGCGUCUAGCCGUCGACAAAGGAAGACUGCAGCUGCGGUGGAACGUCGGGGGAGGCGAGGGUGUCAUCCAACACCCUGAGCUGCUGCAGCCGACGCUGGACGACGCCGACCACACCACCUACCGUCUGCACAUAGAGAGGGUAUGGGGAACUGUCAAGCUUCGCGUUGAGCGGGCGGGAACACCCGCUAUCACUUCCACCAACAGCACAGCAGUGGCUCCAGGGUCGGGGCUCCUGCGGCCGGCGUUGUGGUGGCUUGGAGAGACGGGUGCUUCGCUGCCGGCCUGCGUCCAUUCAUUGCAUGCCGACCAUGGAGCGAUAGGGCUUUGGGCUUUUGCGAAGCAACCGCCUACUGCAAAAUGCAUUGGCUGCACACAGAGAUGGUACAGCGACUCCCGCGGCAGCGAGGGCAUGGUGUGGAUGGGCGGCGCCGGCUACGUGGCGCUGCGUCGCUCGCGGCGACCGUCCGACCGCCGGCGGUUCAGCCUCGCGCUCACCUUCCGCACCACCGACACCGAUGCGCUGCUCUUCCUCGCUCACGACAACGCUAACAAUCGUUCAGUAUCUGUGUGGGUGCGCUCCUGUCGCGUGGUGUUCCUGGUGCAGUACUCGGAGUCCAGGCUCGAGAUCACGGCGGGCGGGCGCCACUGCGACGGCCGACCGACUCAUCUGCAGGCUACGAGGGUCUUCAACGGCCUUGAGAGAGGCAGUCUGCGCGUGAACGGCGAGGAAACCCUCGGGUCUCCCUCUCCUCCGGUGCAGUCCGCGGCCUCCCUGCCAGAACUGUCCAGCUCCACGUACUGGGUCGGAGGCCUGCCUCCCGAGGGCGAAGGCCUGGGGUACGAGUCCUUGCCGUUGCUGGGUUGCGUCGGCGGCAUCAUGGUGGACAGGGAGGGUUAUGACCUGAUGGACACUUCCACCAGAUAUGGAGUUGAACCGGGAUGUGCUGCUAGGCCACUUCGUUCAGCUGUAUUCGAAGGUGCCGGUUUCAUCGAACUCGCGUCUCCAGUGAUUCGUCGCAAGACGUCCAUCGGCAUAUCGUUCCGUGCCAGAUCCCCGACCGGACUGGUACUCUACAGAGCUCCCACCAUCGUAGUGGAUGAUAACGAAGUUGACGAUGAAGAUGGAGAUGAUAAUCAUUAUCUUGUCUUAUCUCUUCUAAAUGGUGAACUGGAUCUAAUGGCCAACGCAGGUAAAGGAGAACUAAAGCUGAGACUCAACGGAACUAAACUAGAUGACGGAGUUUUGCACACCGUGCGAUUAGUUCGGGUUCAUAAACAGAUGGAGGUCUGGGUUGAUGAGAAGCGCGUCGGUGUGGGUGCAUUGGCCGGCGGCGCCUUCGCGGCGCGGAACCGUGGACUGUACUUAGGAGGUGUUCCCGCCACGCACUCGUCGGGGCUGCUCCUGCCUGCUGGGGCCUUUACUGGCACUUUGGCUGACGUCAUUGCUGAUUCUACUUGGCUAGGCCUGGAGACAAGCGUCCGGCGCGGUGGAGUGAGGCUGGGCCGAGCGGACGGCGAGCUGCGGGACGCGCUGACGGAGCCCAGGGCCCUGCAAGCGCAGCCCGAUGCGGACACUAGUUGUGCUAAGAUGUCCUCGUAUACUGUAGAGGCGGGUGCGGUAAAAUUCGGAGAUGUGACGGGAAGUUACGCUACUUUACGGAUCGGACGCGAAAGCAAAGACAAGGGGGCCAAAGGAGAGUUCUCUUUUACUCUGCAGCUGCGAACAUUUGCUAGUGAUGGACUGAUGAUGCUCCUACCUGGUUCUAAAAUGAAGCCGAAGCACUACACAGUGCUACUGAUACGCGAAGGUCGCCUGCGGCUAGUGGUCCGCGGCAGGCGACGACGGGAGAUCACACUAGCCGCGGCGAGAAUGGAUGACGGAUUGUGGCAUUCUGUGACGGUGCGCAUAUCUCGGAGCCGCAUCGUGCUGUCGAGUGCGGGCGCGGCUGCCACCGCGCGCGCGCCGCCACACUCGCGCGCCGCGCGCCUGUACUUUGGGGGACCGCCGCCCGAGGCGCUCGUGCCUUAUGUUCCUAACUCAAUCCUCCGCGUGGGCGGCUUCGUGGGCUGCAUGCGGCGGGUGACGGUGAACGGGCGCGCCGAGGACCUGGUGCGGGACGCGCGCGCGCACACGGCGGUGGGGCAGUGCUUCCCGCACAUCGAGAGAGGCGCUUACUUCGCAGGUGACGCAUACGCAGAGUGGGCGGGAGGGUGGAACGGCGCGGGGGAGGGUAUCGAGGGCGAGGAGGGGGAGUCCGUGGAGCUGAGGCUGCAGUUCCGCGCGGCGAGCGGCUCCGGACUGUUGGCUGCUGUGGCGGGCGCCUUGCUUGAACUGAAGGACGGGACGGUGGUGCUGUCGCUGGGCAGCGCGCGCGUGGAGUCGAGCGCGCGCGCGUGCGACGGGCGCUGGCACGCCGUGCGCGCGCGCGUGUCGCGGCAGAGCGUGUGGCUGGCGCUGGACGCCGCGCCCGACGAGCGCGCCGCGCCCGCGCUGCUGCCCGCCGCCGCCGACAGCGCUCUGGACGCGCCGCUGUACGUGGGCGGACUGCCGGAAGGAGCAAGCGAGCUGGCGGAAGGGCGUGAGAACUUCAAAGGUUGCGUCCGUGACGUCAUAGUGGGGGGCACGGCCCGGGAGUGGAAACACGCGCGGUCCAUCCAUAACGUGCUGCUGGACUCCUGCCCCGUGGCGCAGUGAUACAGGACUUAUACACUGGUGUAUUUUAGAUGAAAGAAAUAUUCCAAUCAUGCAUACUAAUGGUAGGUGUCUACUGAUCCGCAUCGUAUGUUCGGACGCAUCGCAUCAAACGAAAUUUUAAUUUUAAGGUAGAAAAAUUCCAUUCGAAGCGAUCCGUAGGAUACGGAUCACUGGACACUUUUUUAUGACUUCCUAUACAAAUUGGCAAAUUCGUUCGUAACACUCCCGAUGAUACCUACGCGGGGCCGGGAGGUGGUGGCUAUGACAGAUAAACCCACAACUGAUGCACCCCACGUCCAGCCUCUGCCCCGCACGCACGACUACACACCCGCGCAGUCAUUCCCUCCCCGUCGCCCGCAUAUCAUGGUAGUGUCAUCAACGACCUUGCCAAACAUUGUGUGGACGCCUUAUGGCAUAAUUCACAUUAAAUACAGUGGUGCACUCGUACCUAUUAUGUCAAAGUUUUUACAAAUUAAAGUCAAGUCUACGUAAACGCUUUUGUAAAUGUAAAUUUGUAUAAUCAAAGUCGAGACUUGAAUCUGUAAAUGAUAUUGAAUCAAAGUCAAGGCGAUGCGAAGAGUUCUUCGUAAAUUAUCGUCGAACCAAAGUAGAAUUUAGGCAGUCUUUGUAUGUCGAGGACUUUACACCUUUUUUACGACUAACUGACAUAUUUACUUGUAGGACUGAGUUCCUAUGUCAGUCACACAUCCAUUUACCGACUUCAGUAAACAUUACGAACAGAUGCAUAAUAUAUUAUUCUAUAAGCGAACGAGGCUAUGUCUAGAGGCUGAUAUACUUACUGCAUUUUGUAUAUCAAUAAUUAGGUAUAUUGUAAAUAAUUUAUUCAUAAGCUUUAUAAUAAAUCUAAGCAAGUAGUCAUAUUUCAAGUACAAUUACAUACUAAUUAUCUGUGCCAUUCCUUUUAUUUGCUUCAUAUAAAAUAAUUGACGCCAUUUUUAAAAUAGGACGAAUGUGACGCCACGCAACUUGACGCCAUGCGUCUGCGAUGUACAUCGAAAUAUUAAUCAACAUAUUCUAUCGUCACUUUGUUGACCUCCGAUCUAAAUCACUUUGACUGGAAGCUCAUACCUUAAUAAUUAGAAAUUUCUACCUUUAUUAGAAUAAAGGUCCUGUUAUUGCAUACAAUUGAAAAUUAUGUUAACCAAAAUGACAGUUGUUUCCGCAGAUACAAUAAUAAACAGAGAUUUCCUUGGUUUCUCGGUAAAUUAAAGUUGUCAAAUAAUUGAAUAUUUCAUACGCAAUUGUUAUAAUUUUUGAUCAAACGUAUUAAAUACUCAUAUAAUGUAAAUAUAUGAUAGUACUAACAUCAAGCAGUAUUCGUUUUCUAAUGUAAACUGUAAAUAUAUUAUAUUAUUAAGUAAUUCGUGUGAUUAUUAUAAAUUAUUGCAAAGUAAAUAGAUAUAACAAUAGCUUUAUAAAUAGGUACUUAAUUAAACUUCCAUAUAACUCGCAUGCAUGUCUUUUUAAAUCAGUGAAUGUUGACUGUACCUAAUAGUACAAAAUUAUAAAAAAAAAAAUUUCACUUACCAUCAUUUUUGGAUUUGAUAACUUGCAUUUAAAAAGUUUUAGUCAUUAGUAUAAAUAUUAAAUGUAUUUCUUAUGCUAAUUAUUGUAAUUGGAAUAUGUAGGUUGGGCAAUCUAGUUUUGUUUAAUGAAAUUGUGAAUGUUGUACAUAGGUAAUGAUUUGCUAUACAGCUUUAAUAGAUAAUUGACAGUAACACUAUACAUAUACUUAAGCAUUUUUGUAAGCUACAUUUACGUACAUCUUUUAUUUAUCAUGAUACGUCUGAUAUUCUGAAGUUCUAAAUAAAUUGCAUAUAGAUGGAUGAGCAACGCAAAAUACAAACGAUUUUCCGAUACACCGUUAAGGUGAUUUAUCCUGCCAACCUCGCCAUGAUCAAUACAUAAUUUAGCUAAUCAAGGUACGCUGAAAUUGCCCAGCAAAUUAAAAAACAAUCAGAUUGAUACUUUCAAUUUAAUUUUUUUAGUAGAAAUUUGGUUUAAUUAGCCGGGCGAUUAGUUUCAACUUUUCUACCGACCAUGAUAUGUCCUUGGGCCUCGUGGUGGUUGGGUGAUAAAUAUUUUAUAAAAAUAUACAGCCCAAAAGAAAGCUCAUGAAUAGGUUUAUGUAGAACAGAAACUUAAUUGAAAUCAAGUGGUAACCUUGUCGGAAAUAUUGAGGGGUUAUGAAAAAAAAUUGCUUAAAGACUCAUGGACGCGCCACAAUUACUAAAUAUCCACGCUUCGUGACGCCACGCUACGCGGCAAUUUGGGUCAACAAUCAGUGGCUUCAGUUUUAGCGAAAAUCGUGGCGUCAAUUUCAAAUUCAAUUAACUAAUAGGCAGGGUGUUGCCAUAAAAUAUUCGAAGCUAUGAAUAGCAAUAAAGUUUCACUCUAGAAAAUAAGAUUCGUGUUCAAUAGUUUAAAACAUAAAAUACUUAAGUUUAGUGUAAAUAAUAAUUGCCGUAUUUAUUGUAAUUUGUAUGAGAUUCGUAAAUAAAAGCCCACUUUGGCAAUAAAAAACAUUUAUUUUCUUUUAUUCAUAAGUGUCAUUACAUCACAAACCGCUUCCACGUUAUUGGUUUAUGACUCGAAGGAGUUUUUGUUAAUGUAUUUUUUUUAAUAAAGCAUUAUAUUUUAUUCGUUAUAAUAUAUGGCUACAAUUAAACAAGUAACAUCUAAAUUAGCAAUCAAUUUUUGCAAUAAAAUUUAACAAAAGACUUAAAAAAUUGACACGGUUUUCUGAAAAAACAAAACGUUUCAAAUGGGUAAUUAAUUAAGGGUAAGAAAUAACUAUCUUUUUCCAACGAGCCAUAAAUCAAUCAGCCCUAUUGCCCCCCUGUCAGAAUCCCCGACCCUUAGCAGUAAUCCAUACUGUCUUAGGAUGCUUUCUGGAAAAUUUUGCAAUUAAAGCACACAGACUAAAGAGCAAAAAUAGAGGGAGCGAAUAAAGAGUAUCGUAUACACACAUAUAACGGCGGAACUAAACUGUAAAAUUGGAUUUAUGUGGGUUUAUAAUUAUGUAAAAUUUUAUAAAGCAUUUAUCGAAUGUGCGUGAGUCAAGACCACAUAGCCCUGAUAUGAACAAUAAACGAAUUCUUACCAAUUUCAAGCGAUUCAUAUAGCUUUAAGUACAAUUUUGAACACUACAUAAAUACAUAAAUAUUUUUAACCCUUAAUUGCCUUCCUUAUUGACCUAUCAAGACAAGUACUGUCUGUUUACCAAAAUGCGCGACGGGGAAGGGGAGGGUUAAUUUUAAAACCGUUCGCUUGUCAGUUCACCUCUAUAAAUUCACUUUAAUCUGUAUCUAAAGAUAAAAUUA